CUCCCAUGCUUGCAGUACGCUCACACAAGAGGGAUUCCUCUCCUCGAAGGUUACGUCAACUGGGCAGCACAUCAAGGGAGCCUUAGGUGCUUACGCUAUGCACACGAAAACGGUUGUCAAUUUGAUACAGAAACAUGCAGCUGGGCUGCUGGCAACCUUGAUUGUUUGAUGUAUGCCCAUGAGCACGGCGCUCCGUGGGACAGAAGGAUAUGCAACAAAGCAGCCACAAGAGGCAGCUUACCAUGCUUGCGCUAUGCCCAUGAGCACGGUUGCCCCUGGGAUGUUGCCACAUGCUAUGAAGCAGCAAGGAAUGGGCACCUUGAGUGUCUCAGCUAUGCACACGAGAAUGGCUGCCCCUGGGACGAAUCGGUGUGUCAGGGAGCUGCAAAUGAGGGGAGCCUUGCAUGCCUGAGCUAUGCGCAUGAGAAUGGCUGUCCUUGGGACAUGUCAGCGAAUUUAAAAGCAGCGCAAUCCGGGCAUCUUGACUGCCUCAGAUACGCCCAUGUGCAAGGCUGCCCCUGGGAUGCCACUGUAUGCUUUGGAGCUGCAAGCUACGGCCAACUUGCAUGCCUCCAAUAUGCACAUGAGAAUGGCUGCCCUUGGAAUUCAGACACAGUGAAGAUUGCUGCCCAACUAGCCGGUAGCCUAGCUUGCUUGCACUAUGCUCAUGAGCACGGCUGCCCCUGGGAUGAGCAUACUUGUGAAUAUGCAGCAGAGAUUGGUGCCUUGGACUGCCUUAGUUAUGCUCAUGAGCAUGGCUGCCCCAGGGAUGUGAACACUGUGGCAGCCGCUGCAAACAAGGAAGACUUGAGUGCCUUGCCUAUUUUUACAGAGAGGGCUGCCCUUUUGAAAGGGAGGAAUUUGUGGGGUACGCCGCUGAAAGUUGAAGUAAGCCUUGCCUAA